AUGGUGCCAACCACUGUUGAGGUUUACGUCAAGCGACCAGCUCUGGGACUUUACGAAACGUUGAAUAACCACAACCAACAGCAUCAACUUCCGAAAAUGUUCUUAGCAGAGGUACAAGUGAUGGAAGCAUUGUCCCGACACCAGCACCCGAACAUCAUCCGCUACUAUGGCUGUCGGGUUGUGCGUAGCCGCAUUACUGGGCUCAUCGUGGAAGGACAUGCCUACACCUUGUGCACUUAUCUCAACGAGGGGAUUGGGAAGAUUGACGAAAGCUUAUUCAUGAAUGCUCUCGAGUCACCUAUUCACCAUCUACAUGGGCCUGCGAUGACUUUACACCCGCGAACAUUCUGGUGA